GGGUACUUGCGUACUAACAGCGCAUUUUAGCUAUAAAAAAAUAAUCAAACAUUAUUUUACAUUUGUUUAUCAGCGCCACGGGAGAAAUAUUGCACGAAUGGAGGUUGUUGGGUCAAUAGAGAAAAUAAACGACCCCAGCCUACCUCUGGCAUCUCUUCGCCUGCUGGUGCCCCCACUGCAGCUUCUGUCUGCAGCGAUGUGGCAGCUGGCGAAGCAGAAAGAUGUCGUGAAUUAUGAGAAGCUCCAGGAGUUUGUGUUCAUGGUGACUGAGGCGGUCCCUGGACUGAUCAACCACAGACAGAGAGCCCAGCUCAUUCUGGGUCUAAGAGCCAGGUUGAUUCUGGAGCUUUGCAAAGGCUUGGCUCGAGGUUCUGUUGAUUCUCAAGUGAUCCAGAGCCAUUUGGAUAGACUCCCAAUAACCAACGCAAACACAGAUUACAGGGACGCAGAGGUGAAAACAACAGAGUCCACUUUCGUUGCUCUUGUUCAGAGCCUGCUGAAAGAUCCAGUCGAGAGAGCGUAUUUCUUCCAGGAGGUGUUCCCAGUGGAAUAUGGGCCACAAUACGAUGCUGCUCUGCACGUCUUAUUGUGGGAGCUGCUCUCAAAAUUGGAAAAGCUGCUUCCGGUACCGGAUUUAAAGCAGACUGCGGCCUGGCUCGGCUCGGCUCCUUCUGUGGUGGACGAAUGUGUUCGGUCGUCACCUGAAGAGCUGAGGUUAAUCUUCGAGCACUACAAAAGUUCAGGACUACUGAAAAUGCCGUACGGCCCUUCGUCCACCAUUGGUAGCUGCAUCAUGUCUGCUUUAUCCAUUCCGCCCUCGCAAAAGACAAACAUCUCCGUCGGGCUGGAAUCCAUCCACAACUACGCUAAUGUCCUAAACCCCGUCACUUUUGUGGGAACGGACCAGUACAGCGUUGUGGCCGUCUACACCGAAGUCGAAGUUGCCGCGUCUGAAGUAGAUGAAGAAAUGAUCGAAUCGGCUGAAGUGCAAGUUCAGACGGACUUCUAUGAAGAGGAGAUAGUGGCUGUGAGUGCAGAGGAGGCUGCCAGCUCGAGGGCAGAAGAAACGAGUGAAACUGUGGAUGUGGCUAAAGCUCUAGAGACCUUGACGAAAACUUUUGCACUGAGAAAGGAGAGCCUCGGUCAAGAUGUAGUAACGGGAAAGAGUAAUGAUUCGUCCCUGAAUGAUGAGUUUGGGUUAGGAAAUGCACUAGAUGAAGGAAAAACACAGGAAGGACAUGAAACAAGAGACCAAACUGAUGAGAAAAUAGAAAAUGUUGAAGAGGUGGAGGAGGAUUUCCAACCUGGAUGCAUAGAGAGCAGUUUCAACUCUUGUGCAGAUUUAAGGGAUGACCAUGAAUCCUUUUCUGUCCAUGAGGACACGACAGAUGUCCUCAGUGAGGAUCCAGUCACUGAAACUCAACAGUCUCCCGGUUCACCCAAUGUGCGCCGAUCCACUCGUCUACAAAUGAAGAUCUCACCCAGUUGGCAGGAGAAAGUCCAGAGGUCUUCCAGGGAAAGUGGGGAAGAACCGAAAAUGAGCAAAGCUGAUGUAUCCGUUGCCCACUCUGUUAUCGCCAUCAAAGGAAUCAACACAGGUGAUGCGGACGAGAUGACGUCCAUAAUCUUUACCUGCUCUCAGUGUCCCUUCCACAACUCGGAGGAAAACAGCCCUCCUCACUUCCACAUGCAAAGUGUUCCCACUGAAGUAUACAAGACUCUCUCCGGAGCCAAAUUUGCUCCGUCUCCCUCUAGCACGGAUGAGAUUUUUACAUCCAUUAAACUUUUCCCCAAAGGAAACAAAGGGGAGAGCAAAGCAGAGCAGCCCGACGCUCAAAGCAAAGUAGACAUGCCUCAGCCCCAAAGCAGACGGAAGGCCCUCGCAUGUGAAACGUGCGGUAAGACAUUCACCCGCUCGUCAGACGUGAGGAGACACCAGCUCACGCACACCGGAGAAAGACCCUUUCACUGCUCGCAGUGCGAUCGAACCUUCCAGCACUCGUGGGAUCUGGCCAAACACGAGAGCAAACACCACGGCGUGGCCAUUUCCUUCUCCUGCCAGCUGUGCGGGAGCUCCUUCGCUAACCUCCGCACGCUGACGGUCCACCAUAAGAAGUCUCACUCGCGAGACAGCCAGCUUCCUCAGAUCUGCUCCAUCUGCAGCCACAGCUUCCCGACUUCCUCGGAGCUGCUCGAGCACAGGAAGUCUCACGUCUCCGCUAAGCGCUACAUCUGCCGGCAGUGCGGCGAGGGCUUCGACUCCCUGCUUGCGCGCUCCCAGCACCGGCAGGUGCAUCAAGUGAAGAGUCAGUUCAAGUGUCCACAUUGUGACAAGACGUACACUCGGCGCUCUGACGUCAAGAGGCACAUGUCCACCCACACCGGGGAGCGGCCGUACCAGUGUAACCAGUGCAGCAAGCGGUUCUCGCUGCGCUUCAUGUUCAUGAAACACCUCCGUGUUCACACAGGGGAGCGGCCUUUCCAGUGCUCCCACUGCCCCAAGAGGUUCACGCUGGUGUCUGUGCUGGCCAGACACGAGAGGAUGCACACAGGGGAGAAGCCUUUCCUCUGCUCUCAGUGUGGGAAGGGCUUCUUGUCGCAGGGAGAGCUUUCAAAACAUCACCGGUCUCAUGUGGACGACAGGCCCUACUCCUGCCCUCAGUGUGACAAACGCUUCAAGAGCAAGAAAACCCAGCAGGAGCAUAUCGUCUCGCACACCGGCGCCCGCCCGUACCCCUGCACCUACUGCGGGAAGGGCUUCACCAAACCGUACGCGCUGACCAGACACAAUCUCAUUCACACGGGUGAGCGGCCGUUCCCCUGCGGACACUGCGAGAAGUCGUUCCUCACCCUCGGCGAGGCUCAGCUGCACCAGCGUAUUCACACGGGCGAGAGGCCGUACCCCUGCAACGUCUGCGAGCUCAAGUUCAAGAGCUCGUCGGAGCUGGCGCGACACAGGCGAAGCCAUUCGGGGUUGAAGCCGCUGAAGCCUUACUGUGAACACUGCGCGAAAACGUUCGGGUCCAAGGCCAAGCUUAAGAAACACAUGGAGAAACACGGGGAAGAGGCGGAAGCAGCGCAGUCUGUGGACUCCAUCCAGCCUGAGGAAUCAAAUCAAUAAGUGACUAAUGGAGACUAGCUCAUUGGUCAAAUCAGGAGAGUUGUGAAAACGAAUGUACGUGGUUUCAGGAUGCUUGUGUUCAGAUAUUUAGCUUUGUCAAAUGUAUUAAGUGUUUAUCAGGAGAGAAGCAUGUGUCCACAUGUCUUAACUGUACAGACGUUUAGUACCAAAUGAUGAUUGUUUGGUACUGUUGCAUUCUUCAACAUUUUGAGUAAAUUUAAAAGGUGAAAAAAAGUGUAUAUAUAUUAUGUAUACAUUUGUAUGGUGUACUCUAGACAAGGCUCUGGUAGUACGCCAUAAAACCAAAACCUGUGUAAUCCCCUGCAAUAAAACUUACCUUUAUGAAGUGUA